AUGGACGGAGGAUCUGCAGAGAAGUGGAACAGUGUAUAUAGAGAGUGCUUAAGAAACCAUGCAGCCAGCCUCGGAAGCUACGCCACCGACGGCUGCGGCGAGUUCACGGUGGAGGAGAUGUCGGAGGCGCUACAAUGCGCCGCAUGCGGGUGUCACCGCAAUUUCCACCGGAAAGUGAAGUACCCGGCGGCGACAACAGCGGCGACGCCGGAGACGACGGUGGUGGAGUACGGGGAAGGAGGGAGGGUGGUUGAGUCGGGUUCAGGGAGUAAGAAGCGGUUCAGGUCGAAGUUCACGGCGGAGCAGAAGGAGAAGAUGUUGGCGUUUGCUGAGAAGCUUGGUUGGAAGCUUCAAAGGAAGGAUAUGGAUGAUGAGAUUGAGAGGUUCUGCAAAGGUGUUGGCGUGAGUAGACAAGUUUUCAAAGUUUGGAUGCAUAACCAUAAGAACUCUUCUUCUUCUUCUUCUGCUUCUGCUUCUACCGGCAAUGUCUCUUCUCUCACUCAGUAG